CUUUGUUCUAUGUGGCUAAAUACUAAAAUGCAUAGAGAUAUGCAUUUGAUGUUAAUCAUAUUCUCAACUUGUUGAUCAGGAUGGGGCAAGCCAUUCCACUGUGACUAAAUAUUCUGAGGUUGGGAUCUCCAGAACCAGAGAGCAAAAGUCUCCGAAAUCUACAAACGCUGCAAUGGAGGUUGGAGGAAGCCAUUCCACUGUGACUGAGGUUGGGAUCUCCAGAACCAGAGAGCAACAGUCUCCGAAAUCUACAGAUGCUGCAAUGGAGAUCUCAAGCACCACUGAGCAUUCCUCUCUAGGACCUGCGAAGUCAGAAAUGAAGAACUUGGAUUCAAACCAUUCUUUUCCCAUGGACAAAAAAACCCUGCAUAAUAUGGGUUUGGUUAACUACACAGAUUCCGAUUCUGAUGAAUCCCAAGAGCUAUCCAUAAAUCCUUACCAAAGUACUAUCCCAAAGCUCAGGAGAACUAAAUGUAUGCAGGUCAACAGCACACUUAGCCGAUAUCAGGUGGAAAAUGAAGUUGACGGUAAUGGAGAGCUUCUUUACUCCACCUCAGAGGACAGUGGAGAUGAAUAUAUUCCAGGCACAAGUGAGGAAUCAGAUGCGAGUGAAGGUUUGCAAUGUGUCGACUCUCUCUUUAAGAAGGAUAUCAUCAAAGAUUUGUCUCACCUUACAAAUACAUCAAAAGCCUCCUCGAUGCCAUCUGUUAAAAGAGGGCGUCCACCUGUUAGGAGGAGUAGCUCUGGUUCGAUGCGUGAAAGGAAAUGUUUGAAAAGUGUGCAUCAUCACUCCCCACCAUCCAGUCAGGCUGACUCAAUAAACCAGAGUGGAGUAGGUGAUGUUGCUUCUCCUUUAAAGAAUUCAACGAUGGAUUUUGACCAGGAUCAAAUUUCUCCUGAUAGUUCCUCUUCUCUUCUUACAAAUAAAAAUUCUGGUGGUCGACUUUGCAUGAGUCAGAGGUUGCACAGGCUUUUGCUUUCAACAAAGGCUCCAAAGAAAGGCGGCUCCAUCUGGAACAGCUGA